AUGGCCCCUAACCACGGGCUGCCUGAACCUGGCCCAAACUCAGAAGGACGAAGAGACAUGAUUGACGGAGAUGAAGCAUCUCAGUCUGAUUCUCCUGAAGAUCCUCUCCUAUCCCGAAGAAUAGGAAUGCAAUCUGAAUCCGCAUCGCGUGAAGAGGGUGAACUCCCGCAUGAAUCAAUCGGUAGUGCUAGCAGUGGAGAGCGUCCUGGUAGCAACUCACCCGGACGAGGUGGGACUGCACUGGCAAGAAGACUCUACCUCUCCCAUUUCCUCUCGACAUGGAGCUCCCGCAUGUUCGAGUUUGGCGCCGUCCUCUUCCUCGUCUCCGUCUUUCCCGAGACGCUGCUCUACACGUCCGUCUACGCCUUGGUGCGGUCCCUGGCGGUGGCCCUGCUGUCGUCGUGGCUGGGAUCGCGGAUCGAUCGGAUGAACAGGUUGACGACGAUAAGGCAGUCGAUUGUCUGGCAGAGAAUUCCCGUCGCGCUGUCUUGCUUGUGUUUUAUUCUCCUCCUAUCUCCAGAAAAGGAUGGCAGUUCAGUCCUUGGUCCGUUGCUGUUCAUCGUCGUCGUCGCUCUGGCCUGCGUGGAGAAGCUGGCGUCGGUUGCCAACACCGUGUCUGUAGAAAGGGACUGGGUCGUGAUCAUAGCGGAAAGCCUUCAAAUUCCAAGGGAAGACUUAAAUGCGUCGAUGCGCCGCAUUGAUCUCUUCUGCAAGCUUUUUGCGCCGGUGUUCAUCUCCCUCGUGGACAGCUUUUCCACCAAGGUGGCGAUCUGGACCGUCUUUGGGCUCAAUGCGUCCUGGGUGGUGAUUGAAUACCUCGCAAUUGCGCAGGUGUACAAUGCAGUGCCUGAGCUGGCCAGAAUAGACCCUCCAUCAUCCGGCGAAGAGGUCCCGCCGGGCGAGAGUCCGCAAGGCUCUGCGCUACAAAACAAUGCAAUCGUGCGCUAUUUUCGAAACAUGGCAGCUCCAUGGCGAGACUACGUCACAAGCCCCGUCUUCCUUGCCUCGUUUGCUUUGAGCCUGCUCUAUCUCACGGUGCUGUCCUUUGCGCCGCAGAUGAUCGCCUACUUACUCUACACCGGCUUCACCUCUCUCGAAGUCAGCUGCAUGAGGAUCGGGGCCGUCAUCUCCGAGUUGGCCGCCACCUGGGCGGCGCCCAUGGCCAUGCACCGGAUUGGCCCCGUCCGCGCUGGACUGUGGUUUAUCAACUGGCAGUUUGGCUGCCUAGCCGCAGCCGCAGCAGGGUUCAUCUUCUUCGACUCCAGCAACGCCCGUCUCGUGGCUGUCAGCCUGAUCGUGGGGGUCGCGCUCAGCCGUGUGGGACUGUGGGGAUUCGAUCUCUCGGUGCAAUAUCUCGUCCAGGAGCAAACAAGCCCCGAUGUCCGAGCCCGCUUCUCGUCCACCGAAAUGGCGCUGCAGAACAUGUUCGAGCUCGUCUCGUUCAUGCUGACAAUCAUCUUCCCCCGCCCCGAGCAAUUUAAGUACCCGGUCCUCAUCAGCUACGGCGCCAUCAGCACCGCUGCUGUCUCGUACGCGGCCUAUGUGAGGAAAGAGAGAGGCCACCUCGUGCACCUGUCCAAGUUGUGUCUGGGCGGCGGUGUCGGGGGCGCAGACAAGACGCUCUUCUCUGCGUUUGCGCGCAGUCGGAGAAGGAAUAAUGGAUAUGAGGGUCUGGUGUGA